AGGAUGUGCCAUUCCCUUAAAGAGUUCUUUAUUUUUGGCGUGACAGUGUAAUAAAAAAUAAAUAAACUAACUUUUGGCUUAGUAAUUGUGAUAUAAUUAUUAUCGAGUCUUGUCCUUUUUUAGUGCUUCCAAAAUGUGGUGAAUAGGCAAAGUAAAUGAAAUAAAUAUCAGUACCCAUUAUUUCGCAGCAAAAACCAUGGAGGUGUAAGAAUCUAAGUAUUUUUUUGCGAGCAAUAUUUUUUUUUCUCUUAUAUUACAAUGUGUGUAUUUAAAGCCCAGUCGUUUAGGGUUGGCAGCAUCAAUGAUUUUCAGGAGGAGCUAUUUACAUCACUUUUUAUUGUUAAGUCUUCUCUAACAGAUCUUGAACAUUUGUACUCCACGUACGAACAGGACAUUUCUGUGACAUUUCGCGAGAUUGUUUUGGUUUUGUCUAGAGAGGCAAGCAGAUGUAUCACAACUGCACUGGAGGGGCAACAGUGAAAUUGUGUGUACAAAAAAUAAAACACAACAAAUCGUUGUUUCAAAAAGCACGCGUGUUUUUGAUGGUGGGACUGAACGAUGUGCUGAAGGGCACCCGAUCUGACUAUGCGGCGAGGGAUUUUAAAAUCCUCCUCCGGAUGCUGCAGGAGAGGGAGUGUAACGUAGUGGUGAUGCUGCUGCCCCCUGUGCCACGCUUCCAGCCGGGCAGCAGGCAGGAGCUGUACCGCGAGUGGCUCAACUGCCACAUGCAGAGCACCGCAGAAAGCAUGAACAUGCGCGUAAUUAACGCAGACACGAUUUUUCGUAGAUGGGAUGGUUCCGUGAAGUCGGAGUUUUUUGAGAGGUUCAUGGGUGCUGAAAGGAGACCUGACAACAUUCACUGGAACGAAAAAGGGAUGAAGGCACUUGUGCAUUUCCUGAAGAAAUGUUUGUAAAUAUUACAAUUACACGAAUUACAUACAUAUUGAUAAUGCCGAAUGAGGACUUUAAAUAUACACACAUGAAUACUUGCACAUAUAUGUAUAGUAAUUGAAAGAAAAUGUUUGUUUCAAUGUCUCCCCUGUGAAUAAUAAAUGAAUUAUAUUAUUAAAUAUCCGUGUUAUUUGUGGAUUUAACUAGGAAAACCUGCAUUAUUUUGUAAUUAUUUAUAGGUAG